CAGACAACAGUAGCGGCUUAAACUUGUCUAUCAUUGCUAACAGCCAGCGCGUUUGCCUGACCAGCUUUAUCCGGUUUUCUUUGUGUUCUGACCUAAGAGGAUCAAUGAGUUCUUCAUUUUUUGUGGAAAUAAUCGGACAGUCUUUAACAUAAUAUUGUCUCCACCUGUUAUUUGCUACAUCGAGGGGCUAAGUGAGCUAACGUCAACGGUACGGUUGCUAGCUCUUAUCAGACAACUGUGUUAGUUUUUUCCCCCGCUGCGUGUUAUAGCAAGAUAACCAUCAUGCUGCAGUGAGUGAUGUACAGAGUCCUGAUAUUAACAAUGGCCAUCUGGGGCGUGCAAGCAUGCCCCGAUUCAGAGAGCUGCCCUACGCAGGCGUCCAACACCACCUCGAAGGACUUCUGUUACUCGGCCAGAAUACGCAGCACCGUGCUCCAGGGCUUGCCUUUUGGAGGGGUGCCUACUGUCCUUGCCUUGGACUUUAUGUGCUUCUUGAUGCUGCUGGUUGUGUUCUCCUUCUUGAGAAAAGUAGCAUGGGAUUAUGGCCGCCUGGCUCUGGUGACUGAUGCUGACAGAAGAAUGGAUCAGCGGUACAGUCGUCUGGAUGAUCGGGAAUAUGUGGCCUCUGCACUGACAUCAGAAACACCAGAACGCUACGAGCGGCUUACCUCAGUUUCCAGCUCUGUAGACAUUGACCAGAGGGAUACAGGCUUCUGCUCCUGGCUAACUGCCAUCUUUCGCAUCAAGGAUGAAGAGAUAAGGGAGAAGUGUGGGGAGGAUGCAGUACACUACUUGUCCUUUCAGCGACACAUCAUUGGCCUGCUGGUUGUGGUCGGCGUGCUUUCUGUGGGCAUCAUUUUGCCUGUUAACUUCUCGGGGAACCUACUUGAAAACAAUGCCUACAGUUUUGGGCGUACAACUAUAGCAAAUCUGGAUGCAGAUAAUGCACUUCUGUGGCUGCACACCACCUUUGCAUUCCUCUACCUGUUACUGACAGUGUACAGCAUGCGACGGCACACUUCCAAGAUGCACUACAAGGAGGAUGACCUGGUGAAACGCACUUUAUUCGUCAAUGGGAUCUCCAAAUAUGCAGAGGAGAGUGAGAUAAAGCAGCACUUUGAGCAUGCGUAUGAAAACUGCGUUGUCCUUGAAGCUCGAAUCUGUUACAAUGUGGCCAGGCUGAUGUAUCUCAACUCUGAAAAGAAGAAGACAGAGCGGAGCAAGAAGUUCUUCCUUGAUCUGCAGGCCAAAGAGCACAUUACCACCAUGAUUAAUCCGAAACCCUGUGGACACCUUUGCUGUUGCAUCAUCAAAGGCUGUGAGCAGGAGGAGGCGGUGAGCUACUACACCAAGCUGGAGGCGCAACUCAAAGAUGAGUACAGGAAAGAGAGAGAAAAAGUCAACAGAAAGCCCUUAGGAAUGGCUUUUGUCACCUUCCAGAAUGAGUCCAUGACUGCAAUAAUCUUGAAAGACUUCAAUGCCUGUAAGUGUCAGGGCUGUCAGUGUCGUCGAGAGCCAAAGAGCUCUCAGUUCAGUGCCAAGCUCCAUACACACAACUGGACCGUCGGCUACGCCCCUGAUCCACAAAAUGUCUACUGGGAGCAUCUGUCAGUGGGAGGGGCCUCCUGGUGGCUGCGUUGCUUGAUCAUUAAUAUCGUCCUCUUCAUCCUCCUCUUCUUCCUCACCACCCCUGCCAUUAUCAUCUCCACGAUGGACAAAUUUAAUGUAACCAAACCAGUGGAGUACCUGAAUAAUCCAAUCAUCACCCAGUUCUUCCCCACCCUCCUCCUGUGGUCGUUCUCUGCCUUACUUCCUACCAUUGUUUACUACUCUGCAUUCUUCGAAGCACACUGGACCCGGUCAGGAGAGAACAGGACCACGAUGCAUAAAUGCUACACUUUUCUGAUCUUUAUGGUCCUGCUACUGCCAUCUCUUGGACUCAGCAGUUUGGAUGUUUUCUUUCGCUGGCUUUUUGACAAAAGGUUCUUGGCAGAUGCUAAAGUGAGAUUUGAGUGUGUGUUUCUUCCUGACAAUGGGGCCUUCUUUGUCAACUAUGUCAUUGCGUCUGCAUUUAUUGGUAAUGCCAUGGACCUGCUGAGGAUACCUGGUCUACUUAUGUACAUGAUCCGGCUCUGCUUGGCUCGCUCUGCAGCAGAAAGGAGGAACGUUAAGAGGCACCAAGCUUAUGAGUUCCAGUUUGGGGCAGCUUACGCCUGGAUGAUGUGUGUCUUCACCGUGGUUAUGACCUACAGCAUCACCUGUCCGAUCAUUGUUCCUUUUGGCCUGAUGUACAUGCUGCUGAAACACCUUGCUGAUAGAUACAACAUGUACUACGCUUAUCUGCCAACCAAACUGGACAAAAAGAUCCACUCUGGAGCUGUAAACCAAGUGGUGGCUGCUCCCAUUCUCUGCCUCUUUUGGCUUCUUUUCUUCUCCACUGUUCGCUCGGGGUUCUCAGCUGCAACAUCCAUGUUCACGUUUGUAGUUUUGAUCAUCACAAUCAUCAUCUGCCUCUCUCACGUCUGUUUUGGACAUUUUAAAUAUCUCAGUGCUCAUAACUACAAGAUUGACAACCAGAUAGAUGGCAUUGAGAAUGGACAAGCAGUGUGCACUUUUGCUUCCAGCAACACGGCGCAAACCUACAUCGCUCUGGUGCUUCAGGACCCGACUUUAGAGGAACCCAGCUCAGGCAGCGGCGAGGACGACGGCCAGGGGUCCUCACAGGAUGAGGAAAUAAUCAAUGUGGAAAAUGGCCUGAAUGAGGACUUCCAGUCAGGUGAAGACAGCCUCAUUGAUCAUGAAGUGCGGAACUGACGCUGCCUAAGACACAAACAGAUCUCCUGAGUUUAGCCUGAGGACUGCACUGAAUAUGUGAAACAAACAAGGAGCUGAUCCCACAGUUCUCCAAAGCAUCUCAACCUCUGCAGUGGAACUUUACACUAACAUAAGCACACUGUCUACUAAAGGAUUUAAUGGAUUGUCCUUUAAGGAUUCUUUGUGGGGUCUCACCAAGUAUCAUGUUGUGUAGCUACAGAGGGGAUCUACUCUGAAAAUGAAAGGGCCGCAACCUUCGUCUGCCUCGAGGCACAUCCCAGAAUAUUGCACAUGGACCCAGGAGAAGAGACACUACUGCACACAUGAAGAAUUUGCCUUGUCUUGUAUGGGGAGUGACAUAUUGUCUGUAAUUCUUUAACAUUAUUGCACUUGAAAAAGAGAACGUGUCCUAUAAGCUCGAGUUUCACUAAGGUACUGUUGUACAGCAUGCCUUUCAGCUCAAAGGGUAGAGGAUUUUCCCUUAAUCCUUCGUUGAUAUCUGUAAUAGUCUGCACUACUUCCUCUGUAUGAGCAGCUGGUGUGAGGGGAACAAGGGCAGAGUUUCCACGCCACCAGAUAGCUUGGUGAAUGCAGAUGUGAUCGUCUUAUACUGUUCUUCCAAUUCCAUGAAAGCCUUUCAAACAAAACGAGGAAAAAAAAUUCCUGGCUACUAACACUCCUUGAUGCUUCGACACCGUACAGCUAAAAAACUCUGGAUUUGUUAUGAAUCCUUUUUUUUGACGUUGUAUUUAUUUUAGAUGCUUGCAAGUUUGAUACGCCCCUAAACUGUGGAAGAAGAUAACUAAUAUCUUGGCACACUACAUUAAUAAGACACUUGUUAGUCUCUGAGCCUUUGUCGGACUGCUGCUACUGAAGCUGCCUCCUGUAGGGGGAAACGUUUGCACGGCUGCUGCAGAAGGAGCCGAGGCCGGGAGCCUACUGAUCCUUUUGUGUUGCUCAGAGGGUGGAGAGAAAGAGGCUGUUUGGGUCUUAUUUCUGGGUCGGUUUCAGUUGAUUGUCAUUGUGACUGGUUCUCUUUAUCUGUUGUUCUCAUUUGUAUUAUUUUUGAUCGUAUGUUUACGUCUGUAUUUAGAGAUUUUUUUGGGAAAUAGCGUUGAGUUUAAGGGGCUGCUGAUAAGCUCUUUCGUCUCUCAGCCUGUUGUCCUCAAUGUUUUCUUUUAUUUAGACUCUUAAAGUAGCUUCUAUUGUCUUUGGUCAGUGAAGCGGUGUUACACUUUUCUGUGGGCUAGUACUCAAUAUGAGUCAUUGAUUGCAAAACCUGAAUUUAGCAAUAUUAGUGACAACAUAUCAAAACUUAGACUGGGCCACUAAAGCGCACUAUACCCAUGAUACUUCCUUGUACUUUAUGCAACUCAAUACUGUAUCACCUACUAAAAACAAAAUAACACUAGGGCUGUGUCUGAAACUGCAUACUACACGCUACCAUGGCAGCGUACGCUAAAACCUUGGUUUUCAACUGGUGGGUCAGGUCACAAAAGUGUGGCAAAAAGUAUGAUUGCUUUUAUUUUCAAGGAUAUGUCCCCAUCUCUCAUUGAAAACAUUUAGUAAUGAUUGAAAAAUGUAAGAAAUUUUGGUCGCAACUUGUUGUUGAGGAAGUGGUGGUGGGUCCUGGUGCUGACCAGCAGAGAAUCACUGCUCUAAAGUGUAUACUGUGUACUUAGCUAAUGGUUAGCCAGCUGUUCCAUCAUACUUAAAAGCUCAUCAUCUCCACUUCACAUGGCUUUGUUGUUGAUGUUUAUCAGCCUGAGCUUCUCUGGCUAAACUAUCAACACUCUAGAUAGCUCUAGAUAAUCACAGCAUGACUGUAAAUGGAAUUCAACACCAAUUAAAAAAAAGGUUAUUAGCCCUUUACUGGCCUUCUGCUUGGUCUGUUGACCCUCCAAUCAGAGAACCCUCCUACACAGAAACUAUUGUCAAGCUUCACUCUCCUUGGUUACUGAUGCAGGGUAAGAGAACCUCUCUUCUGACUGGGCGCUAAACCAUUUAAAAGGAUUAAAAAUAUCCCUUAUUUGACUGUCUUAAUUUUUGAUACUUUUUAUCCUUUUGAAAAUGUGUCCUCAGUGAAAGGAUAAGAUAUAGAAGGGCGAAUAAGAAUCACAGAAAAAUGUUGUUAAAAUCAUUGAGAAUAUUUCCCAAAUAUUAGGCUAGUUAUUUUGUAUGACGGAGUAUUAGGGCCACAUUUAAAAAGAGGAUUUGUUCAUUUUGAGGAAAAAUUUAAAAAGUCAACAAUUUAUGACAAACUAUCUUGAAACUUUCAGAUCCUAAAGGUCAUAUGUUUAUAAGAAAAACCCAAUUACUACCAAGAUCAAGAUUUCUGAAAUUUACACUGGAAACUUUAAAUUUUCAAAUCUAAAAUGUUACAAAUUUAUGAGAAAAAAAAACCUCCAAACUUCCAAGUUUAAAAAGUCAUAAAUUCACAGUAAUAACAUAAGAAACCCUUUAAAUUUUGGAGUGUAAAAAGUUGUACAUUUAAAAGAACCAAAUAAAAAAAAUCAUAAUGAAUUAAAAGUCCAAAAUAGCCUAUUGCUUAGAAGAAAACCAUACCAGGUGAAGCCAUUUUCCUUUCCUAAAUCCUUCAAUUAAGAGCCUAAUCAAAUCAUUCUUUUUAUUUGGACUGAGCAAUAGGGAAGUGCUUGUGAUUUUAGCCCAGAAUCAUCACAUUAUCAUUAGCAUCUGAAGAGACAUUUCUGGAAACGGGGGCAAUCCAACCACUCAAUUUUAUAAAGUUAAAAUGUACAAUUUUUUUUUACAUUUGUUUCUCAUAAAUUUCCAUCCUUUUGAACUCAGAAAUUCUGAGUUUGGUUUCUUGUAGAUUUACAACUUAAACAUCUCCAAAGAAAUUGAGUUUUUUUUUUUGUCAAUUUCAACUUUGGUUGUUUUUUUUUUUGUCAUUUAAUUAUUCCUUUUUUUUUUCUUCAUUUUUUUAGAGUGCCUCAAAUACAGCAUUGUAUUGUUGUAUCAGCUGAUGUUGGUGAAUGUCAUACUGUGUACAUAAUGCUUCACAGCAUUCUGAAGGCCCUGUUGGUGAUAUUUAGAGGAUAUUUCAGUCCCUUGCUCCAGAUAUGAUCAGUGAUUGAGUACCGCAUCUUUGUCUUUAUUCUUUCACUGAGGUCAAGUUUCUAAUAGAAAAAAAUCAGUUAGGUAUAAAUUAAAGGUGAUCAAAUGGCAGGGUAUUUUAAAUAGUUUCAAGUGGGGUGGAGCCAAUUGGCAAGAGAUUUUUUCUGAUCUUGUAACAGUAUAACCUUUCAAAGCAGAUGGAUACGCCUGUUUCCUUGUUUUUCACUGGCGAAUCCAUCUUGCAAAGCUCCCAUCUGAACCGUUUGGGCCCGGUUAGAAAGUGACAGGACCAAUCAGUGACGAGGGCCAGUACUUUCAGACGCAGCAGAGUCGUGACGUACACAAACAGCAGCAAGAACUGGUGCAGUUGUGGAGGAAGACAUUUGCAUGGAUGCUGCUAAAGCGCCAGUUUUAUGAGAAACUUGACAACAUUUCUUCAUUAAAAGAAGAACAAAGAACAGCAGUGAGUUGUUUUCUUUUCAAAACAACAAAAGUCGAGUAUUUACAUGUC